AUGAUUUUAGUCCAAAAAAACUUGCUUCUUCUCUUUGUACUUCUUGUUUCAUGUAAUGGUGAAGAUAAAAAAAUAUAUUUGGUUCUAUUGGAAGGUGAUCCUAUUGCAUUUCAACAUGUUAAAACAAUUUCACAAGAAGGAACAAAACUUGAUCCAAAUAGUGAAGCAUCAAAGGCUUAUGCAAAUGAGUUGACAAAAUCCCAUGAUGAAUUUCUACAAAGUUAUUUGGAGAGAGGGAGCUAUGACAAGAUUUAUAGCUUUAAACACAUCAUAAAUGGCGUUGCUGUACACACUACUCCAUCUCAGAUUAAGAAGUUGAAGAAUGCGGCAAGAGUGAAGUUGUUGGAGGAAGACAGGAGGGUUAAACAGAUGACUACUUACAGUCCACAAUUUUUGGGUAUACCUGCAGUAUGGACUCAACAAGGAGGAGACAGAAAUGCCGGUGAAGGAAUUGUUAUCGGUUUUAUUGAUUCUGGGAUUAACCCAGACCACCCUAGCUUCGCGUAUGAUCCCACGACAAAUAAUUCUUUUACUGGUAACUUCUCUGGAGCUUGUGAGGAAGGUCCUUUAUUUCCCCAAACUUCCUGCAAUGGUAAAAUAGUAUCUGCCAGGUUUUUCUCAGCUGGAGCGCAAACUACUACCACACUAAAUGACUCCAUGGAUAUAUUAUCACCCUUUGAUGCUGUUGGACAUGGCAGUCAUGUAGCUUCAACUGCAACUGGAAAUUUUGGAGUUCCAGUAGUGGUAAAUGGAUUGUAUUAUGGACGAGCAAGUGGAAUGGCACCGCGGGCGAGGAUUGCAGUUUAUAAAGCUAUUUAUCCAAGCAUAGGAACUCUUUCAGAUGUAUUAGCAGCAAUUGAUCAAGCAGUAUUAGAUGGAGUAGAUAUCUUGACUCUAUCAGUAGGACCAGAAGAACCACCCGAAGACAAAUUAACUUUCUUGAGCCUAUUUGAGAUUUUCAUGUUAGCUGCACACAAGGCUGGAACACUCGUUAUUCAAGCAGCUGGGAACGAGGGUCCUUCUCCUUACUCUGUCAUCUCUUAUAGUCCAUGGGCAGUGGGUGUUGCUUCUUGUGACACUGAUAGAACUUAUCCUGCCACACUAAUCCUUGGUAACGGUCUCAAAAUUGCGGGUGUAGGAUUAUCAGGAGCGACAGCAGGAGAUGGAUUGAUGAUUCAGUAUAAUAAGUUGGUUUUGGCUAAGGAUGCGAUUAAGAUAAAUACCACAUUGCCAAGAAUAGCCAUUAAUAAUGCCGAGGAAUGCCAAUACCCAGAGGCAUUUGACCCUCUUGUUGUGCAAGGCAGUGUUGUGAUUUGCACAUUUUCAGCUGGUUUCUAUAAUGGGACAUCUACUCUUACAGCCAUCAUACAGACAGCCAGAGUUCUCCGAUUCAAAGCAUUUGCUUUUGUUGCAAAUCCAACGUAUGGAGAUUUCAUAGCCGAGCCUAUUCCUUUCGCUACUCCUGCCAUAAUGAUACCAGCAACUACUGAUACACAGAAUAUAUUGCAGUACUAUGAAAAAGCAACUGUUAGGGACGCAAACGGAUUAGUGGUAAGAUAUGGAGGUAGAGCAGCAAUAAGUGAAGGAAGAUAUGCAUCUUACAAGGGUAGAGCUCCUAUUGUUAGUAGAUUUUCUUCACGAGGCCCUGAUUACAUUGAUCAAAGUAAAAGUCCUACUGAUGUUCUUAAGCCUGAUAUUUUGGCUCCUGGACACCAAAUUUGGGCAGCUUGGAGUCCCAUGAGUGUUUUAGAUCCCAUUCUAUCUGGAUAUAAUUUUGCUCUAAUGUCUGGUACAAGCAUGGCAACACCGCAUAUUGCUGGCGUAGCUGCAAUGAUAAAGCAAUACAAUCCUUCGUGGACACCAUCAAUGAUAGCUUCAGCAAUAUCAACCACAGCCAGCACCUAUGACAAUCUUGGAGAGCCCAUAAUGGCUCAUGGAUUUGAUCUCUACACCUUGCACACUUCUGCUCCUUUUGGUUUUGGUGCUGGACUUGUCAAUCCCUCCGGUGCUCUCCAUCCUGGUCUCGUCUUUUCAGCAGGUUACGAAGAUUACAUCAGUUUCCUCUGUUCACUACCAAACGUUGAUUCUAGAAUAGUCAAAACUGCAACAGGAGGAAUUUGUGGUCAGUUAUUUGAAAAUCCAUCUGAUCUAAAUUUGCCUUCGAUUACAAUAACAUCCCUCAAUGGAUCGCGAAUAGUACAUCGGGCAGUUACAAAUGUUGAAAGUAAAGCAGAGACGUAUCUAAGUGCAGUGUUGCCACCAAAAGGAGUAACUGUUAAUAUUGAGCCAUCUUGGUUUACAAUAGCUCCACAGGGAACCCAAGAUUUGCACAUUACAUUCAAUGUCACUCAGGCACUUGAUGACUUCACAUUUGGUGAAAUUGUUCUAACUGGAUCCUUAAAUCAUGUCGUCAAGAUGCCACUAUCAAUUUUUCCUAUUUCUACAAAAAUGUGA